AUGGAGUGUCAAAGGAAUAUAUCAGAAUUCAUUCUCAUGGGUCUUUCUUCAGAUAAGAAUAUACAAGCUUUUUGCUUCGUGUUCUUCCUAUUCUGCUACCUUGCCAUCUUGUCUGGAAAUCUCCUGAUCCUUAUCUCCAUUAGAUACAGCUCUCUGUUUAACCAACCAAUGUACUAUUUCCUCAGUCACUUGUCCUCCAUGGACAUCUGUUACACCUCUUGUGUGACCCCCAAACUGAUUGGAGACCUGCAAGUGGGAAGGAAAACCAUCUCCUAUGCUAACUGCAUGUUACAGGUCUUUGCUAUGCACUUCUUUGGAAUGAUUGAAAUCUUAAUCCUGACAGCCAUGGCCUUUGAUCGCUAUGUUGCCAUCUGCAAGCCUCUCCAUUAUAUGGUUAUCAUGAACAGAACCACAUGCAUUAUCCUCAUCUUGGCCUCUUGGGCAGGUGGGGAUGUACAUUCCUUUUCUCAGUUUUUUAUGUUAAUCUGUUUGCCCUUCUGUGGCCCUAAUGAAAUUGAUCAUUACUACUGUGAAAUUUUUCCUUUGCUGCAAGUUGCCUGCACUGACACCUACCUUACUGGUGUCCUUGUGGUUGCCAGUUCAGGAAUGGUUGCUUUGGUAAUCUUUGUUCUCCUGUUUGGUUCAUAUGUUAUUAUACUCUUCACAUUAAAGAAUCACUCACCAGAGGGGAGACGCAAAGCUCUUUCUACAUGUGGCUCUCAUAUCACUGUGGUCAUCCUAUUCUUUGGAUCUUCAAUCUUUGCCUACCUUAGACCUCCUACCACAUUCCCUGAGGACAAAAUCUUUGCUCUCUUUUACACGAUCAUUGCUCCCAUGUUCAACCCCCUCAUCUAUACUCUGAGAAAUACAGAUAUGAAGAAGGCCAUGAAAAAGGUUUGGUGUCAAAAUAUAUUUUCAGAAGAGAAAUAUAAUUAA